AGCGCACGAUUCGAGAGCAAGCGGGGACUGGUGAGGCGGAGCUAAAGAAACUCGUCGAAACGAAUAACAUCCCAUGGACUCUUAGAUGAAAAUACGGAUCAGAAAGGCUUACUGCUGUACGUAAGGAGUUUUGUGCUUAAUAACUUAACAUUUAAGGAAAUGAAACAAUGAGACUCAGGUCAAAGAGAACCUUGACGCCCUACACGGAGACACCGAGGAAAAUUCGCCGACCCUCCGCGGACAAAACAGCUACACCUAGACGAACUCGUCCAUCGGUGCCAGAAAGUCAAUUGCAAGACAAGGUUGAAGAGACAGCUGAUGUCGAAGACGUCCCCAUAUUGGCGAGGCGCCUACUGCCUCGUGGGCGGCCGAGAAAGAGAGCCAUCGCUGCGAAUGAAGCAUCAGAUUCCACCUUAAAGACCCCAAGUAGAUCUGUCUUGCGACAUGAACGAGUACUAUCUGAGAUGAGUCCGGUGUCUCCUCACAAUUCAGCGUUCGGGAAGAUGUACAGCCCCAUUGUUCGGUUCGUCACGCCGAGCAAAGAGAAUUACAAAGGUCAAGGAAACAAUGUGUUGAUGAGCCCAGAGCAAGGAGUGUUUGGUUAUGGCUCCAUGGACCUUCUGGUGGGAGAGGACGAUGACCAUGUCUUCAGUCCCUUCACUUUCAUGAAGAACUUGCCAUCACAGUCCCAGUAUUCCCAACCCAGACUGCCUGACAUCCCCCCUAAGACUAGGAGCACACCAGAGGCCACACUUGUGUUGGACCUGGAGGAAACAUUGAUGUUUGGCUCCCUGAACAUGAUCGACAAUGCCGAAUACACCUACCUGACAACUUUUCAGGAUCAUCAGUACAAGGUUUACAUGAUCCUCCGACCUUAUUUAAAGGAGUUCCUGCAGUCUGUGGCGAAAACAUAUGAGCUCUUCAUUUAUACCUGUGCAAAGAAGGAGUACGCUGAGAAGAUUCUGGACAUCCUGGAUCCACGAAGGAAGCUCUUUCGCCACCGCCUCUAUCAGGAUGAGUGUGCGUGUGUCCUUGGGCACUACAUUAAAGAUCUUCGUAUCCUGGGGAGAGACCUUGCCAAGACUGUAGUUCUAGACAAUGCACCCCAUACUUACCCGUACCAUUUAAUGAACACUCUUCCAAUCAAGAGUUGGUCUGGUGAGCCAGAUGACCGAGAACUACAGAAGCUCAUCCCCUACAUGGAGAAACUUUCUGCAGCGGAGGAUUUUCGAGAGGUGCUGAAAAAGAGGAAGGAUCACUUCCACCGACUGCUGUCAGAGGACUGAUAUGAACAACGCCCUCCCGCUCGGCUUUUACGCAAAGUACCACCUCACCUACACAUCUUGACCCUCAAAGAUUUUGUUUGCACUCUUAUUGCUUAAACGUUGAAAGCUGAAUGGUGACGGACCUCCAUGCUUGAUGUUUCCUCUCCCUGAACUUUAUUUAAGGAUGAUGCAUCCAUAUUUCAAUCAUGCUGCUCAUUGCUUAGCACCCCAAUUUCCCUUGAGUCAUUCCACAGGGUAAUUGACAAGGAGAUGAAACUUGAAAUGUGUUGUAUAUAGUGAUCUGUAAUUCUUGAUUAUUUGACCUAAUUCCUUUUAUUUUAGAUAAAUGUUUCCUUCAAUAAAAUUAAUGAAACAGU